ACUCAUUCUCAGUCUCUUGACUCUUCUUUUCUUUAUAAGCACAAGAGCAUUCCUUCUAUAUUUUUUCCUCAAAGGCACAUUUCACUCGACAAUAGACUCUGUUCCUUAAAACACACACAUGGGAGAGAAAAAAGAGAAGGCGAAGAAUGAGGCCGGUAAUACGCCUGACUCGGGAGGAAAGCAAAACGACGUACUCGCCCCUGUCGUUUUGAGACUCGAAAUGCAUUGCGAGGGAUGCGUAAAAAAGAUCAAACGCGCCGUUCGCAAUUUCGACGGUGUGGAAGACGUUAAGGCUGAUCUACAAGGUAACAAGUUAACGGUUUUUGGGAAGAUCGACUCUGCCGUAGUGCGAGAUAAACUAGCGGACAAGACUAGGAAGAAGGUAGAAAUUAUUUCUCCUCAACCGAAGAAAGAUUCCGGCGCCGCCAGUAAACCACCGGAGAAAAAGGUGGAAGAGAAAAAAGCUGAAGAGAAGAAACCGGCAGAUAAGAAAACCGAAGAAAAAACCCCGAAACAGAGCACGGUGGUGUUGAAGGUCCGAUUGCACUGUGACGGUUGCAUUCAGAAAAUUCGAAAGAUUAUUCUCAAGAUCAAAGGGGUUGAAUCGGUUAAAAUAGAGGGAGGGAAAGACUUGGUGACGGUAAGUGGCACAGUGGAGUUGAAGGAAUUGGUAGCGUAUCUGAACGAGAAGCUGAAGCGGAACGUUGAGGUGGUCCCGCUGAAGAAAGAGGGUGAAAAGAAGGGGAAGGAGAAGGAGAAGGGGAAGGAGAAGGGGAAGGAGAAGAAAGAAGGUGGCGGUGGUGCUAAGAAAGAUAGUGGAGAAAAAGAAGAGGGUGUACCGAAGGUUGAGGUUAACAAAAUGGAGCACUACGGGCACGUUUACCCACCUCCUCCUAUGUACUGGUACGACGGAUAUGCACCAGGUCAAAGUAGUACUAGUGGUGGUGGUGGCGGCUACACGGUGGGGGUUCAUUCAGGGUAUGAUGGUAAUUACGGGAAUUACCAUGACCAAUACCAUAAUGGGUAUGGGAACCAAGGGUACAUGGUACAGCAACCACCCCAACCCCCGUUCUACUUGAACCCUUAUCAUCCUCCACCGCAGAUGUUCAGUGAUGAGAACCCCAAUGCUUGUUUCGUGAUGUGAGCCGUCGUUUCUCAGUAUUUUAUGAUGUAUAGACUAUAAAACUACGUGCAGGCUGUAAAUAAUACAAUUUUAUAUACAAAUUCAAAAUGAGGUUUAUGUUAUCUUUUGAUAAGAUUACAUCAUCAUGAUGAAUAGUGUGAUGUAGCGAUUUGGUACGGCCGGCUAACUGGAGAAUCCGGUCAGAUAAUUUUGUUUAAAAGUUUGAGUUCUAGAUAGGCUGAGUAGUUCUUGUUUGUUCUGUUUUUUUUUAUUAAGAAAAAUUAUUAUGCGAACUAAUGUACAAAUCAAUUCCAGCAACUUUUGAAGUUAUCGAUGAUA